CGAUGCUCGACCAGGUCUGAAAUUGCCCACCCAAAUUCUGUGAAACUCAACAAGGAUCAUGCAUUUCUUUGUUUGCUACGACAAACAUGGUGACAAGCACACCUCCGAAAAAUACUCCUCGUCAAAAUAAGCUUUGGAAAUAUAAGAGGUCAUCUCGCAUCUAUCUUGAUUGAAAGGAGAUGAUUAUUCACCUUUGUUCGUUGACAAUUCGCUGUAUCGCGGGCACACAAGUCGCUUCUACCAGGUGAAAAUGGCUAAGACCACAGCAUUCCGGCCUUUACUCCCUGCUGCUACACCGCCAUCUCGAAUCCUGAGUGCAAAGGGUUCUGGUCCCACACAGACUCGUCGGUCAUCAGCUUGUUUAAAGUGUCGUAAGAAACGUGUUAAGUGCGUCGGCUCAUCACCCUGUCAAGCCUGCGCUGGGUCCGGAUCAGCCUGCAUCUUUGAACCGUUCAAAGAUAGACGUAGGAAAGCAGCUCUCAUCAAUGCAGAGCAGUCUAAUAAGAGAUACCAGGAACUAUUGAAGCAGCUGAUUGGCACUUUGAUGUUUGGUGACGAUGAACAAAUCUCUGCGUUGAAGGAAUUUGUUAGAUACCAUGCUUCUGUGGAGAGUUGCUUAGACCUCCUGGGUUCGGAGGACCAGCCAAGCUCAUCCCCCUCAGAAACAAGGUAG